GCACACUAAUUUUCCGUUGUUGUCUUGUGAUGAGGGAAGCAAAACAUUAUUAUUUUCGUCGUUUUUAUUUUUUGAUUAUAUAGAAAAGUCGGUGGUCGCGGAUCAUGUGAAAAGUGGAAAGUGAAAAGAUCUUUUUUAGCAGAUUGUAAGUGCACAGGAACAGCCCAAAAGCAAUAAACCAAUUUGCGAAAGUGCAAGUAGACGGCGAAAGAAAAAGGCUGCGAAAAGAGAAUAGAGAAAAAAUAUAGCGUGUGUGCGUGUGUGUGUGUGGCAUAUUGUUAAAAAAAACAUAGUAAAUCAGGAAAAAACAACAAUGCAGCAGCAACAGCAACAACAGCAGCAGGGCAACCUUGCUAACUACAACAAAAUGAACGUCUUGCCUAAUUACACGCUCAGCGGAAUGAGUUCCUUUGACGCCGAAUCGCUGCCAGAUUAUUCCGAAUUUGAUUCAGAAUCGGUAACUCUGGACUAUUACAAGGAAAGUGUUCUACGUCCUCCAGCGGAGAAAAUGGCGCCGACAACAACGAUUGAGACCAUCACAAUCACCAGGCCGUUGAAGGUGAUUGCAUUUAUUUGCGGCGUCAUCGUGGUGGUCUUGAUGAUCAUGGCCCUGGCGUCCACAGAUUGGCUGAUGGCCUCCGACUGGCGACAAGGCCUCUUUGUGCACUGCAUCGAGGAUGAUUCGGUGGCCCCGCUGCCGUUCAACAUCCAGGAUCCGCCAGGAUGCUACUGGACCCGCGAUGUGGGUUACAUCAAGGCUACAGCCGCACUCUGCAUUAUCACGCUGAUAACGGACGUUAUAGCCACAGUACUGACAGGUCUGGGACUCAGGACGCAGAACCAUAAUCUAAAGUAUAAGUUCUAUCGCAUAGCGGUUUUGGUGAUGCUUGUAUCCUUGCUAGCCGUGCUAUCCGCUUUGAUCGUGUAUCCAGUGUGCUUUGCCGGCGAACUUACCAUGGCCAACCGGCGAGUCUGGGAAUUCGGCUGGGCAUAUGGCGUAGGCUGGGGCGCGGCAAUCUUCCUGUUCGGGGCCGUUGUCCUGCUGCUCUGCGACAAAGAGUCGGAGGAGAUCUACUAUAAGGAGAGGAAAAUCGUACAUGAAAACCAAAUGCGCGCCUAGGCAAGGCCGCACGACCUGCCUGACGUCGUUCUGUAGACUAAGUAUAUAGCAACCAACCGAAAACAACACACACAGACACAUAGAUUUCGAUUUAAAUCCGACUCAAGAACAGAAGCAAUUGGCAGCUAAAUGAAUGUGUUAUAAUUAUGAUUGUGUAUAUCAUGACCAUUUCAAACCAAAAAUCCGCCCACCCAUCCCCAAUAUCCCAUAGUACUCGGCAUUUGUUUAGAUGAGGUUUCCCCAAUCAGUUUAUUUUGUGUUAGUUUCGAAAGGUAAUCGUAGACAAGCCACAAACACACGUCCCACAUCUAUCAUGUAGUCAGUCACAUGUACGUCUAGGAAUUCUGAAAGCUAAUCGCAUUAACCACACCCGUAUAUACAAAUUGCAUGCCCCAUGAGUUUGAAAACAUUGUAGUCAAUUUUUAGAGCUUGCGUUUCGGUAGAAAUAUGAGAGCAAGUUGCAGUUGAAAUUAGACCUCUUACAAUAUUGUACUCAUACUCAGCUAUAUAUACAAAGCAAUGUACUCUUCAUGUAUCUCAAACCUAAUCGUGAGCAAAAUCCAAAUUAGAAUUUGUAUAUGUACGUAAUCGAGAGACUAGGUAACCACGACAGAUUAAGCCCCCAAUAUCAUCGUCAUUGUCAACGUUUCAUGCCGAUUACGCUUUCAAAAAAUUAUGUUUAUACUCUAUAAAUCCGUAUCGAAUAUUGUAAAUUAUGUGUUUGUCCCAGAGUAUUAUUGCGCGACUAACACCCAUUGUACUCGAAUAUGUGUUGCUCUUUUACCUUUUGUAAAAUAGUUUAACCAUCUAUCUGUCCAGUACUUUACUUGUCCCAGAGCCGUUUAGUUAUUGUUUAAGCCGACUUUUAAGUGUAUGCAUUCGUUUUUUGUAACCGUCCCUUUUGUAACCACAUAUCCUUUAAUAAUUUAUUGAUAUUUGUGUUCUUAAUAUACUCCAAAACAUAUCACAUACAAAUGACAACAAUAAAACGUUUAUGACACCUUUUGUUAACACUUUAA